CGCAGAAGUAAUCAUAGAGACAUAAAGAAAUCAAGUUCAUGGGUAAGACUGGUAAGACUUCAUCACACAAAGCUGUGCCACUCACUGCUGCAAAAAUGGAUGCCACUGCCGAAAGUCAGGCAAUCUUCCGGCACUUGUGCUGGUAUCUAUCUGAGCAACCGCCUCCUCAGGGCAGACUGGAGGUGGAGUUUGGUGCCUGUCAAAGCCCUCAAUCACUGUUUGGAGCUGAUGCCAAUCUUGGGCACAGAGGCACCAGUGCCCCUGGCCCACCAGCGACUCCAACAGCUCCUCCAGCUCCAGCUGUCCCGACAGCUCGCCCAGAAGCUAAUCGAUCGUCCCCCAAUGGUUUAGUGGAUGGUUGUGAUCCAGUCGUCUCUCCAGUGACUCAGCCAGCACCUGCUACUGCUUCUGCUACUGAUACCACCACCGCUCCAAAUCCAAAAGCUUCAGGGGUAGACAUCAACACACUUAUUGAGUACUUGGAUGAGGAAGUCAACGAUAAAUGCCUGAAAGCAAGGGUGCAGGCAGUGCAGGCGGUGCAGGGUCAGAAGUUGGGCCCGGAUGCCAAAGCUACAGGGCUGUUCAGACCCGACUCAGAAGGGCAAGAGGCAGUGGAUGCAUAUGUUUCCGAGAUUGUUGCAGCCUUGCGGGACUUCCCCUAUCUUCGAUUGCCUGAGGGAAGAGAAGCUGGUUCUUGGAUCCGGGAUGAAAUUGUCGCACCAGUAUUUCAGGAGCGCUGGGACUUCUACAACAACAAGAAGUUGCAAGGUUUCAAUUUGGACCAGCUUUAUAUGCUGCUGUCAGGGAAGAAUAUGCUUUUGGACAGGCUGCGGCAUGUUCAGCAGAGUCUGAAUGGGUAGGGCUGCGAGAAUGGUAUUGGAGAACCGGAGAUUAAAAGGAGGGUCCGUAGGCACUCAGCCUACUGGAUUGUAUGAAUUAUAUAUAUAUAUAUUGUUAAUUAGUAUGAAGCCAUUUGCGCUUGAGAGGUUGGAUGGCUUGUAUUGAAACGUUGACAUUCUGAUCAAGUGCCUGGCUGCUAGCCAUCAGUCUUGCUUGGCUGCCACUUCCCAAACGCAUUGUUUUCUG